GCUAAAGUAAACUUGGAUACGCAGUCACGCACCACUCGCGCUGUUAAGAGGCCCAAAUGUAACAAAAAAUAAAUUUGGACUUGGCCCAAACACCAGCCAAGCAACGACCGUGCCGAACCUCUCUUCGUCGACCAUCGUCCUCUGAGAGUCUGAGCUCCGGUCGACCAUCCACAGCCGCCCGCACCCCGCAAGCCAUCGCCUGCCGAUUCGUCACACACACGCUGCCCCAUUACUCGGCUGCGCGAUACCUCCCGUUGUUCUGCAUCUUUGUCUCUGGCUACAAGCUGAGCUUAACACCCGCGUGACUGCGCUAGGCCUUCAGAGUUGGAAAACUAAUGAAGAGUUUACAAGCUUUUGACUAAGACAUUGAUUCUUCGGCAUAGCUGAUCCUAUUCAUCGUCUCCAUGGAAAAUAACACCCAGAUUACUCCUUGCCUCAACACCUUUACGUAGCUCGUCGAAGAGGGUUAAUGUCUCAACUGUGAGGAUCAUCAGAUGGAAGGAAGGAGAAUGAGGAGGCUCGGGAGAGGACAAAACAGUCAAACUGUUUUGCCCUUGAGUGUGGGUCGUAUUUCCAAUAUCAUAUCUUGCUGGUACUGCGACUUCAAGUUCUGUGUGUUAAAUGAACCUCUCUUUGUAUUUGGACGACGAUACUCUAGGUACUUGAGAUCUUGGUUUGCCAUGGGGGUUGGCUUUAGUGUUACAGCUUUGCUUGCAGUGACUCUGAUUCUUCUCUGGGAAAUAAGCAGAAUUCUGCACCCAUACAACGAGGAGGGCCAAUUCAGCUCUCUUUUAAGUGGCUCCUUUUUUGGCAUUUCUUCUAACCUUUCAGGCUUGACCAUCUCACUUACUGGCAUUGGAUACUUGUGUAUAUCUACGAUUAUAUCUGUAUCGGUUCACGAACUUGGGCAUGCUCUUGCUGCUGCAAGUGAGGGCAUACAAAUGGAGUACAUUGCUGUGUUUUUGGCAGUAAUUUUUCCCGGAGCUCUGGUGGCAUUUAAUCAUGAGACAUUGCAGGCAUUACCUAAAUCUUAUGCUCUUCGCAUAUACUGUGCUGGAAUUUGGCAUAAUGCAGGACUUUGUGCUUUUUGUGCCAUUUCAUUGUUCAUCCUACCAGUAAUCUUGUUUCCUGUUUACAUACAUGGUGAAGGACUCAUGGUUUUACAUGUCGCCUCAAAGUCACCACUGUCUAGGUACCUGUCUCCAUAUGAUGUGAUCUAUUCUAUUGAUGGUAUUCGCAUUAAUGAUGUCCAAGAGUGGCUUCAGAUCGGUAGCUCAAUAACUGAGCAGGAAUACCAACGCAGUUACAGUGCCUACAAAAGCAGUAGCGGAAAAGGUUACUGUGUUCCUUAUUCAUUGCUUGAAAAGAGAAUUCAUGUUCAACUGAGAGGCAAUGAAACAAUUUGCCCAAAUGAUCUUAUAGACUUUGUAGCAACACCAUGCCAGGAAUUGAGAUUAUCAGAAGAUUGGCAAGUGGAAAAUAUCUAUUGCUUGUUUGCCAAGGAUAUUUUAGACUUCAAGAAAUGUGGAGGCGGUUGGGCAAAAGCUUCAAAAAAUAGAAGCAACUGCUUGUGCACACAAGAAGAAUAUUGCCUCGCUCCAUUCCUAAUGCCUGGUGUUGCAUGGGUUGAGAUCACAUAUAUAAGGCCUUUUACGCCAGGAUGUCAGAAGUUUCUAAGAACUCAUUUUCUAGAAGAUACGAACUCUGAUAUUGGUGACAUAAGAUGCUCUGAAAGUUUUGUAUACAUUGGUGAUAUGGCACCAAUGCUGGAUUCAGUUCAUAUAACUUCAUACCAGCCUCGUUGGCCUACUAAAUUUGGUGCUCAUUUUCCAAGUGUACUGGAAAAGCUUUUGAUGUCUAUGUUUCAUGUCUCUCUCACACUUGCUCUUCUCAAUAGCUUGCCAGUGCGUAUUCAGAUAACCUCUGUCAUCGGUGUUGAUAUAUUGGUGUAUUCACAGGAAAUAAAAUAAAUGUUUAACUUUAUAUCACUCGGAUAUAUACAAAUUAAAUGUUAGAAGUUGAAACAGUUGAUUUGUUAUACUGAAACUUGAAAGAAUAACACUGCAAUACUCACUCUUUACUAGUUAUCGCAAGCUAAUAAGGAAAAUUAUGAGGAAAAGAGUGUAUUUGGAUAUAGCUUUUGCCUGAUGGCUGCCUGAAGAAAUGAUUGUUUUCCCCUUUUCUCAGUAUUAAGAUGUAUUAACACAUUAGUUCCUUCUGUGACAUCAAAAUACUGGUUAUUAUUGAAGUUACCUCAUAUUCAGUAAAGAAUACCAUUUGCGUAUCUCAUGGUGUAUCAUGUGUUCAUUACUUGUAAAUAAGUUUCCUAAGCUCUUCUUGAAGUCGCAUGAAAAAUAAUAAAUUUUUUAGUGAGUGGUUGGUCAUUUGUAAAACUGUAGAGUGCUAUUAUCCCGUUAACAAGUUGGGCUAAGCUCAUAUUAGCAAGGGCAAGGUUUAUUGUUCAUUGCAUUCAACCUCACUUUUGGUUGCUCACUAUGUUCUAGAAUACUCACCAACCUUACACCAAAUUUUGAUACACUUACAUUUGUCUUGAUCUUGUAAUCAUAUGAUGCAAUCUUGCACUCAGGUAGUUACACACUUAACAUAUGCACCUGUCAUUUACCAUGCACGUUUUCUGUACAACGUCCAGGUAUAUUUUCUAGAUGGUGAAUUUAUUUUGGAGUUAACACUGCAGUACUUAUGGUUCUUGAGCCCCAGAAAGAGAGGAGUAACUCUUCAAUGUUGUCUACUUGGAGGGACUCUUAUUUCAACCCUACUCAUUUUCCGGACGUUCCUUUUGCUUUAAGGUAUGACCAUUAUGCAUACAAUAUACAUCAGAUCAGAGAUCAUAUCGCGUUUUUCAGUUGGACGUGUGUAACUAAGUUUGUAUUUAAAUAGCUCAAAUUAUAUUUUUUAACUUUAAUGGAGGUGUAUGUGAACAUCCCAAUUUCACACAUCAUCUUAAUGGUUUGUGCCCCCCUCUAUGGUCAGGCAGGAAAAGCUUUCACUACUUUGCCUGCUUAUAAUUUCUUAGUUUUAAACAUUCUAUACAUUUGAUGAUCAUUCUGAUCGAUAUGUAAUAGCUACGUCAAUCCAUUGUCAGCUCCGAUAUUGUUGUGGUGAUUCAGUGUUGCCAACUGGAUGAUUAGUAAAAAAAACUAUUGAUAAUUUUCAUGUCUUAUUUGUGGAGGGAAUGUUUGAAAUGUGUAACAUGGUAAGAGAGGAAAAUAGCUUGUAUGUGUUGUUUUACAUUGGAAAUCAGAUUUGGUUAAAAAUUUAAAAUUUUCACGUCAUAUUUCGUCCUACUUUGUUCAAUAAGUCAAUUAAGUCCUACUUUAAAAUCAAUCAAUUAAACCCUCAAACUUUGAAAAAAUGUCAAUUGCGCUGUCGGUGAACCUUUGGUUUUCCGGUUACCUAUAUACGUGGGUACUCUCCAAUUUUGUCUUGGAUCUAUAUCUUUCUUCUCUCGUUGAAAGACCUAGGGUUUUCGCUGUCUUGGACGGUGAGGCUGAUUUUGGACGGUGACCAUGGCUGAGAUGGGAAGUUCGAGACGGAGACCUCGCCUGGCUCAAGGUGUUUCACUUGUUUUGGGUCCCCAUGUGUUUCCAAUAAAAGCAGAGAUUUAAUCGAUUUUGUAAAUGAAUGGAUUAUGGACUUGAUGGCGUCCGUAAAUAGGUGAAGAAUUCUUCACAAAAAAAAAAUACAAAAUUCUGCACUUGAAGGUGUUUGAGGAAAUUCCUCACCCAAUACAGCAGCUGAGCAGCAUAAAAGUGAAAGAAGAAAGAGUGUUUGAGGUUUGAGCUUCUGUAAAUAACUUGUAGUCUUAUACUCUUAUACAUAUAUCAUUUUAAUUUGCAAAUCUGCUUGCCCUGUUCUUCAUUGAAUUUCUUUGUGCAAUCAAAGGGGUUAGACUGUUAGAGAGAUUUUGUGACUUGUGAGUUGUGACCGGUCACAGGAACCGCUGGCUCCUCUGAUGGGGGAGAUGGUGAUGGCAUACAAGAAUUUUGUUAAAAGGAAAAAUAAAAGAAUGUGACAUGUAGAAUAGCUAGUUAAGUGGGUUGACCAGGAAACCUAUUGUACACCGGUUAAAUCGUUGAAUUGGAUAUUUUCUCAAAGUUUGAGGUCUAAUUGAUUGAUUUUAAAGUAUGAGGAUCUAAUUGACUUAUUUAACAUAGUACGAUGAUUUAUUUGACAGUUUUCUCCUUUUUAUUUAUAUGAAUAAAAAAGAAAUUAGCUUGAAGAGAACUAAAAGAAAGGGAAGACAGACUUAAUAGAAUUGUCAAGAGUGAACAAUAUGAAUCAUAGUGAUAUUAAUUACUCACAUCAUUUAUUUAAGGAGUGCUUGGAAUUGAUUCUACUUUAAUUUUAAAAGCAGAAGUACGAUCAGAAAUAGUUGUUUUUAAAUUCGUCUUCUCAACUUCUAAAAAAUAAAAACUGCUUCUUAGAGCAAUUUGAUCCCUUAAAAGUAUUUCUGCAUUUUCAUCCAAGUAUUUCUGCUUCUUAUCCUCUGCACAACUCUCCACCACACAAUUCCCACUUUCUUAAUCACCGUGCCACUUUAAUUUGGAAGAACAUUUAGGGACCGAGGGAGUGCCAGAAAAUCUCAUAUAAAAUAAUUUUAAAUUUAUUCAAUGCUACAAAAAAGAAUGUUUUUUUUCAACUUUUUACCUUUCUAUUACCAAUUUAUUCAAUGCCACAAGUUUCUAAUGCGAAUUUCUUGGACCAUGUAUCUAAUUGCUACCACAUUUUUAAUUUGUAUGCAAUUGGUACCAAUAACUUUAAAGAAUGUAGCAUUAAGAAGUACAAAACAAAUUUGUCACUAAUUUUACUAACAUUUGUUUCGGUUGAGUCACUUCACCCGUUAAAGUAACCAAGGGCAGAGCCACAUUGUUCAAAUGUGUGUACAUGCACACCCAAAAAGUUUAAAAAUCGUAUCUGUGGAUAAGUUUUGUGUAAUUGUUUAUUAUUUUUUAAAUUCUUAAUUGUAAAAAAAAAUUGACACCCAAAAUGGAAAUUCAAAAUCCGUCACCGUUAAGUAACUAAUUGCAAGAUAAGUUAAGUGUAUAUAUAUCUUACCUGUCAAUUUAGCUAGAAUAAUUACUCUAAAUUUGUGGCAUCAUUUAUUCAUACUCUACAUGACAUGUUACAUGGCACAUUAUUAUGUGACCAACACAAAAACUUUUUUAUUUCAAGAUAAACCAAAUAGUAACCCCAACCCUUGAUUGACUAUGUAUUGCCUGCAAUUAGUUAAUUUUUUGUUGGUCAUGUGAGGAUUAAUCAAUCACAGACUUGGAUUGAUAUAUUUGGACUAGAUUAACAGUUAGGGUUAAUGUUUGAUUUUCUUGGAAUUCGUCAAUUUAUUUUUGUUAGAUACAUAAAUGUCGACGUGGACUGGUGAUGUGCCGUUUUAACAUCAUUGUUAGCAGAAAUGGUGACAAAUUUUAUUUGGUGCCAUUGGAUACAACAUUUUUGGAAAGUAUUGGUAUCAAUUAGAUAAAAUUAAUUACGAUUAUGAUAGUAAUUGAAUAUAAGUUUUAGGAAUUUAUUAUACGGAGAACUACCAAAUAAGUCCUCGAACUUUCAUAAAUAGUCCAAAUAAGCCCUUUUAUAGGAGGCUCUGUCCGGCCCUCGCCAUUAGGGGCGGUUUCUGGUGGACUUUUUUGAUAAAACUUUUUGAGCAUCUUCUUCAUUAAGUUUAGUUUACUCAUAGCAAAUUUCAACUAAAAAUUCAAUCAGGAAGGCAGUCAAAUGAAUUUUUGAAGAUAACUGCGCAGUUUAGGGAUGGAUUCGGUUCGGGCCACCCGGCCCGUGACCCGGCCCGGCCCGGUACUGUGCGGGCCCGGGACUGGCCCGGUCGGGCGGUCCGGGACCGGGUCUGGGCCCG